UAUUGACCAAUCGAAUUCCUCCGUCGAGAGCGCGGACGUUCUCUGUGCACAUGUGCGUGAUGUGCAUUGGAUACUUGUAACCUUCACGAGAACCGAAUGAAAGGUGUGCAACAUGGAGGCAGCAAUGGCCAUCACAACCAAAUACUGUCAGAAGGAGCUGGAGGAAUAUGGUACUUGUGUUGUCUCUAAUCCAGCAACAUGGCAGGAGAAGUGUCUAGACCUGAAGCUGAAGGUGGCGCAGUGCACUUCAUCACAUCCCGUGAUAAGGAAGAUCCGAACAGACUGUGCUGGCGAGUUUUCAGUGUUCGAGCGUUGUUUACGGGAGAACCAGAGCUCUGCUGAAGCAUGUCAACCUCACCUCACACGUUUCCUUGCCUGUGUUGAGACCGUCGACCUUUCAGGAAUAGCAAAUGCUGCGCCGCAGCCCACAUAGAUGGUUUUUGUCACUGUUCUGGGUAAUGAGGACAAUAACACCGAUGUUUUAUACACAGUACUGGGAAGAAAUGGGCUGUGGAGAAGUUUUUUUUUUAUCUUUGAAGAACAAAAACAAACCUGUCAUUUGCACACCUUUUUUUCCAAACUGUUCAAUGUGAAAGUUUAUUCUUGUUUUAUUUUGUCAAUGGAACUUUUCACACUAUUUAUAAGAGAAAUCUUUUUUUUUUAAAGUUUCCAUGAUAUUAAAACACAAAGUUGCAAUAAAA